GGAAGGGGUUUUGGGUUAGAAGAGAGGACGUGGUUGGGUUGUUUUUGUUUCCUUCCACUCUUUCUCUUCUUCAUUUCCUCUCUCUCCUUUUAUUCUCCGGCCCUCUAGCAAAAGCAUCUUUAAAAAAAAUAUUUUGAGCUUUUUGGGGGGUUUAAUUUCUCAGAAUAACCAAAAGAAGGAUAAACAGAUUCAAAGGACACUGAAAGAUUCAGAGGAGGUUGAAAAGGAAAAGAAGACAUGGAGGAAACAAUGGCAGCUAGGUACUGGUGUCACAUGUGUUCACAAAUGGUGAAUCCAGUAACAGAAUCUGAGAUCAAAUGCCCCUUUUGCCAAAGCGGAUUCAUCGAAGAAAUGAGCAGUAACGGUAACGGAGGUGACCCGGGAACAGACCGUGCCAUGUCUCUAUGGGCACCGAUCUUGCUUGGAAUGAUGAGUACUCCUCGGAGACGAAGAAGGUUUAUGAGAGCAGAGUUUGAUGAAGAAGAAGAAGAAGACAAUGAUGCUGAUGUGUAUCAUCAUCAUAGAGCUAGAAGACACGGUGGAGAGAUUGAUUUGGACAGAGAGUUUGAAUCUCUCUUAAGGAGAAGACGAAGAAGCUCAGGGAAUAUAUUACAGCUGCUUCAAGGGAUACGCGCAGGGAUUGCUUCCGAGUAUGAAGCCUCUGAGAGCAGCAAUAGAGUUAUAAUGAUCAAUCCGUUGAACCAGUCCCUCGUCGUUCAAGGACAAGCUCAGAGUAGCCAUCAUCAUCAUCCUGCAUUGACUUCGCUUGGAGAUUACUUCAUCGGACCUGGUUUGGAUCUUUUGCUUCAGCAUUUGGCUGAGAACGAUCCCAACAGGCAAGGGACUCCGCCUGCUCGUAAAGAAGUGGUAGAUGCUUUGCCGACGGUUAAGAUAACGGAACCGUCGCUGCAGUGUUCGGUUUGUUUGGAUGAGUUCGGGAGAGGAGGAGUGGAGGAAGAAGCUAAAGAGAUGCCGUGUAAGCAUAAGUUUCAUGUUAAGUGUAUUGUUCCGUGGCUUGAGCUUCAUAGCUCUUGUCCCGUGUGUCGGUUCGAGCUUCCUUCUGCGAAUGGUGGUGAGAGUAAGGUUGAACCGGAGAGACGGGCGAGGACAAGAACUAGGACUCUUCCGGAGAGUAGUAACGGAAACGUUGUUGAGAAUGUGGGGAAUGAGGAAAGAGGAAGGGAGGAUGAUGCGAGGAGUGGUAAUGGAAGAAGGUUUUCGUUUUCAUGGCCAUUUAGUGGAUUGUUCUCUUCUUCUUCAUCCUCUGGAUCUCAGUCUGGUUCUCGCUGAUCGAAAGAAGAACAAAACAUCUUGAAAUUGUUGUUCUUGUUCUUGAACUUGAACUUGUUUUGUUCUCCUCUGCUUUUAUGUACAUACAAAUGAUGUUCUUUCACUCAGAUUGUUUCCAAAAAAAAUAUCCAUGGAGGUGUUAUCUGUUCUUAUUUGUUCCAAUCUUCUUGUAAUUGUUGCUGUACAGAGAUGGUCAAGUUUUAUUUUGUGUGUUUGUUUCAA